AUGCCGAUGACGAUUGCGGCAGCACCACGCCAGACAGAUCGAUCAGCCUCUGCUUUUUCCCCUGCCUUUGCGACGGCGGCGAAGGCGGUUGCUGUUCCGGUUCAGGUUCCGCCGGGAGCUGUGGUUUCUGAAGGAUUGGGAAAAGAUGCGUUAAUCUCGUGGUUCAAAGGCGAAUUCGCGGCGGCGAACGCUAUCAUCGACGCGAUGUGCUCGCAUCUCAGGAAAACUGGAGAAGAAGGAGACGACGAGGCAUUUCCUGGAUCGGAGUACGAUGCUGUUUUCGCCGCGAUCCAUCGCCGGCGUCUGAACUGGAUCCCUGUUCUCCAGAUGCAGAAGUACCAUUCCAUCGCCGAAGUCGCGAUCGAGCUUCAGAAAGUGGCGGCAAAGAAAGCGGAGGAUCUGAAGGAGAGGAAAACAGAGGCGGAGGAUCUGAAAGAGAAGGAAACAGAGGCGGAGGAGGUGAAGAAAACUUGUUUUAACGGCGAGAAAGUAACGGAAAAUGAGCUAAACGGAGAUGUAGAAGACGUGGAAGAUGAUUCUCCGACUAGCGAUAUCACUGAUUCAGGUUCUCAUCAAGAUGUUCACCAAGCUGCUGCGACGGAUACACAGAUUUGCCAGAGCCAUGAAGAUUGUGAUGCUCGGUCAUGUGAGAUCAAGCCUAUCAAAGGUUUCCAAGCCAAAGAGCAAGUUAAAGGCCACACUGUGAAUGUUGUGAAAGGACUAAAGCUGUAUGAGGAGUUACUAAAAGAAGAUGAGCUAUCCAAAUUGGUAGACUUUGUAGCAGAACUCCGAGAAGCUGGCCAAAACGGGAAGCUUUCAGGUGACAGCUUUAUCCUGUUCAACAAACAGAUAAAAGGGAACAAGAGAGAGCUGAUUCAGCUUGGUGUCCCCAUCUUUGGCCAUGCUAAGGAUGAAAACACCAACGACACUGCAGUUAACAUCGAGCCAAUUCCACCACUUCUUGAGAGUGUCAUUGAUCACUUUGUCACAUGGAGACUCAUCCCAGAAUACAAGAGACCAAAUGGCUGCGUCAUCAACUUCUUUGAAGAGGGUGAAUACUCACAGCCUUUCCUCAAACCACCUCACCUAGAGCAACCAAUCUCCACUCUUGUCCUCUCUGAAUCAUCAAUGGCCUUUGGACGCAUUCUCUCUAGCGACAGCGAAGGCAACUUCAGAGGACCUCUCACUCUUUCUCUCAAACAAGGGUCUCUCUUGGUGAUGAGAGGGAACAGUGCUGACAUGGCAAGGCAUGUAAUGUGUCCAUCAAAAACCAAAAGAGUCAGCAUCACAUUCUUUCGUGUACGUCCUGAAACCAACCAUUACCAUUCACAACCAAACAGUCCUCACCACAACGACGGUGCAAUGACAAUGUGGCAACAACAACAACCAUGUCCCUUCCCAAUGCCACCAACUCCAUUCCUCAACGGCUUUGAUCAUUCGGUUGAAGCGAUGCCGAAAUUUGGAGUCUUUCGUCCUCCGAUGAUCAUGAUGGCACCACCACCGCUUCAGCCAAUGGUACUAACAAGUCCCGGUGCGAUGGGAACCGGUGGUGGUACCGGAGUUUUCUUACCAUGGGCCUCGGUUAGCUCAAGAAGACAUGUGAAGCAUUUGCCUCCACGCGCUCAGAAGAAGCGAUUCCUUCCGCUUCCUCCAGCUGCUGCUUCUUCUCCUGCUGGUGAAUCCACUUCUGAGCCUGUGAUCAGUGUAGGUGGAGCCUGA